AUGUCGUUGCCGACGUCAUCCACGGCGGGGGAGGGUGCUAGAACCCCGCCGCUCGCCACGGACGCCGGUCAGAACGCCACACAGAGGGCGCAGGCGCAGGCGAUUGCCGAGGUGGAUCACGUUCUCGCCAACGCCAAGAAGGAGCUCGACGUCCUGCUCAAGACGUCGACGCCGCCGACGAAGGCCAUCGCGACGGUGCUCGUCGCUUCGUAUCUACUGUUCCUCGUGAUGCCGUGGACGUCAACCUAUCUCGCGCUGAUGCCGGAGAAGACGGUGCCGUGCGUUUGGAACGUGCUCACGUCGGGCUUCUACGAGAUGAACCUCGUGGGGGCCGCGAUCGACGUGCUCGGCGUGCUCUACCUCGGACGCACGCUCGAGCCCAUCUGGGGCGCCGGAGAGCUGAUGCACUUCGUGCUCCUCGUCCAAACCUCCGUGGGGAUCGCCAGCUUCGUCAGCAUGUACGUGGCGUACGUGCUGAGCUCCGACCAGUUCUACUUGUUCGCCAAAUUUUCCGGCUUUCACGGCGUGCUUGCGGGGCUCCUGGUCGCCGUAAGGCAGCAGCUCCCGGACGAGCGCGUGCCGGUGCCCGCGCAGAUCGCCCGACUCGCACCCGACGCACAGCUGAGGAACAGGCACCUGCCGGGGCUCUACUGCGCGGGGGUUCUCGCGUUUUGCGUGCUGUCGGGCGCGAAGCAUCACCACGUCGGGCUCUUCCUCUUCUCGCUGUACGGCGCGUACGCGGCUUGGGCGUACCUCCGUUGGUUCCAGCUCCACCCGGCGAGGACCGUGGUUGGUACGGGGGUGGCGAGGCAGAUCAUUAAAGGCGCGGAGGUUGACCGGUGGGGGGACGACAGGCACGACUUUGACUUUGCCGAGCAGUUCCCGUCGGCGAUGCGACCGGCGUGCAGGACGGCGACGGACCCGCUGCACGCCAUCUUCUGCGAUCCGACGGCGGGAAUCGCGCGGCGGUUCGUUCCGGGCGGAGGCGGUGGUGCGGGGGACGUGGAGGCGCCGGCGGCACCGACGCAGCCGCCCGCGCCGCUCGAUCCGAAGGACGCGGAGAGGAAAAGGGAGAUGGGGGAGAAGGGAAGGAAGCUGCUGGAGGAGAGACUCGCGAAGAAGGCGGCAGAGGAGGCGAACGAGACGUGA